AGGCAACGGUCGGCUAUCCUACACAAGGCCAGAAAAGGAAAGCAAUCGGAUGGCCGGGGCUAGCGCUUCCUUCUUCCCAGCCCAGCAUAUUUCACCUAUCCGCCGGAAUAUUCUCUCACGCGGUCUCUCCUCAGUGCGCACCCGCCUCCCCACGUCCAAACCCAUGGCGUGCGCGCCCGACGCCGCCCCCGACCUUCUCCAGGCCGCAAAGCUCACUGUGGAUAAUUAUGUAAGGAGCGGGAUGGUGGUUGGAUUGGGAUCUGGACAUGCAUCUGGUUUGGCUAUACAGUACUUGGGCAAGCGCAUGCGAGAGGGAGCUUUGAAAGACAUUGUCGGAAUCCCGAUGUCUGUUUCCAGUGCAAGCGAAGCAGCAAAAUCAGGAAUUCCACUGGACCAUUAUGAAGAUAAUCUUCAAAUUGAUUUUGCAUUUGAUGAUGCUGAUAUAAUUGAAGAGGGAACGCUAAAUGCUGUCAUUGGUCGACAAAAAUUGGACGGUGGUGAGUCCAUAAUUCAAAAAAAGUCUAUUGUAAAAACAGCCAGUAAACUUGCCUUCAUUGUUUCUGACAAACAAUAUACCAGAGAUCUUGAUGGAUCCGUUCCAGUCUUAGUUAAUUGCGGUAAUUGGAUGGAAACUGCGGAGGAAAUAGAUGACUUGUUUCUAGGAGAUGCAGAGGUAUGGAGAAGACCCACUUCUGGACACGCAGGUCCACUAGGAGGCAAUUUUCCUUUGGUAACUAAGGAGGGACACCACAUUCUUGAUGUCAUUUUUACGUCGCCAAUACUUGACUUAGGUCAAGUGGCAGAGAGCCUGAAUCACAUUGAUGGAGUUGUGGACCAUGGAGUAAUAUUUGGCAUUCCAUGCACCGUGAUAAUUGCUUUAAAGGAUGGAAUACAAGUCGUGGACAAUUUGGCUAAAAGCUCGGUGGUGGAUAAAUUAUGAUGCAGAGGCAAAAGAGAAAUCAAAGCUGGUCCAGAUGGAGAAAUGAAAUGAAUCAUAUUGAUAAUUCACAGGAAUUUGAGCAAUGAUUGGGAGUCUCCAUGGCAUAAGUAGGCUUAAAGCAGCUGCCAUCAAUGGGUGUAAUUAUUUUCUUUAUAUGUUCUGAUGGGCAUACGUUGGGUUGUUGAUCAAAGAAAAUCCAAUCAAUGUGUGGUUAUAUCUAUCUUGAUAAGUUUAAGCAAAGCAUUGAAAGAUUUUAUGUUAAUGUAUGACAAUGAAGAAAAUGCAAUUCGAAGGUUUUACA